UUUGCAGCGCUACAAACACGAGUCAGUCCCAGCGACCUGAGCAAAAAAAAAACCGACACCGACAAAAUGAGCAAAUUCUAUUCGAUUUUUAUGCAAAUUUGUGUGAUCGCCGCAUCGAUGCGGACCGCACUAAGCAUCAAAUGCUACAACUGUGACUCAACCAGCAAUGAAGAGUGCAUGGAUCUGAAGCGAAACUCUGCCAUCGUUGCCGAGACGUGUACGCCGAGUAAAAUGGCUGCCACGACCGGGAACUGGUUGGCGGACUUGACACGCAUCGAGUACUUUGGCGGUACGGAAAUUACCGUGCCGAUGGUGUGCCAGAAAAUCGUCGCUUCUAAUGAAAAUGGCGACACGAUGACGUACCGUGGCUGUCAGCUGGACGGCGGCAAAACCGAUCCUUGCCAGAUCGCGUACGGUAAGGCGAAGUUACAGCGUGGCGUCAAGAUCGAGUUCUGUUCAACCUGCAAGGAUGAUGCCUGCAAUGGAGCGCCACGGUUGGGCGAACGUCCGGCAGUUUGGCUGCUGGUCGGAAGCGUUCUAGCGCUGUUCUUCGGUUUCCCAUCCCGGCGACACUUGCUGUAAAACGUACUGAUCAAGCAACGAGUCAACACCAUCAUCAUUCUGUGUGUGUUUGCGUAGAACCCUUCAUCUAACCUGUACAUAAGAGAUUGAUUGAUUGCAAAAGAAAAUCAAUCCGGCAUUGCGUGCACACGUGGAAUCUGCUAACUUCAAAGCAAAGUGCGUCAACGAGACGAUGAGACAUCACGAAACCCCCUUUACACAGGAUUCAUCCCUACGGAGGGCAAGCAUUUAUCGUCUAAUCCAUGCCCGGCCCUAAAAAUAGCUCGAGCGUAUAAUCGGUUACAGCAAAUUAAUAACUCUCCAGUAAUCAGCCAUGCCUUAGCUAAUUCUGACUCACGCACCGAACAAUAUAAUUACGGUUGCAUUGUGAUGGACGCUAGGGUAGAGCGAGGCGCAAAAAUCGCUUAUUAUGAUAACGGGCAUGAGUCACGGUGGUGUGUUUGCAGUGUAAUAUGAUCGAUUUUUUAUUUCUUUCUUCUUUUCGGGAGACACGCUAGUGAUUGAGUAGAUAAAAAUUAUGAACAACGCAGCUACUGGCAAACUAUGGUCAGAUGAUAAUUACAAACCGAGGUGUAAGAACAAGAUACCAUUAAACUUAAACUCGAAUAGCGCACUUUGGCAGUAAAGUCUAACAGGCACUUAAUAUUAGCGAUAAGAACUGCAAACUCACACUUCACUGCGACAGGGAAGUUAAGGGAACUAAGCUAAGCAACGGUCUAAAAACCGCUAGAGAGUAACAUUAAUCUUACUUUACUGAUAGCUCAAAUGAACAAACAAGAGCAAGCGGAAGCGUAGAAAAAAAACAUUAUUGGAACACAGCCCCAAGAUCAAAUUCACGCAUAUGCCUUCAUUCGAUUAAAAACAAAACUUGUUGGGAAGCAUAAGUUAAGAUUGUCUCGUUCAUAAAGAAUAUCUAUAAGUAAACCACCAAUAAAACCCCACUGGAUAAAACACUCAUCCACGUCACGCUCGCAAAGCGCUACACAGCGCAAAGAUUGAUGAUCGUAGAAUUGUAGAAUUGCGUAGAGAGAACAGGAACGUUUGUGGCGAAUUGUAAUGUUAGUACGCUUCAGGAAUGUCGCUUGCUGCACGAUGCAAAACCAUCCUCCCCUUUGUGGCACCUCGAAGGUCUUUGGUCAGUCAAGAAACACUUAGAAUCAAUCUUUUAGGCAUAAUGCAAAAUACCACCAUAAGGUAACCCGGAAGUGAUGGGAGUGGUCGGAAGAGUUUAGAACCAUUUGCAGACAUUCGCUGCAGUUUCGUUUGUUGUUUGGCACAAUAAAUAUUAUAGACAUUUAGCCGUAAGUGAGAGUCUCCGAAUGCGAAUGCGUGUGAGAGGUUCUUGCCACACUAGAGGAAGUGGAAAAGGAAAAAAACAGCACGAUAAUAACGUUCUUCUAAUAAGCAAGUAAUAAGGUAACCGUUGUACUAAUGAUGGUAAGGCCACCACAGUAGUCAACACAAUCAGCACAUCACAGUAGGUGUGGCUCAUUGCUUUCUCUUUUAUAAACUACAAAUGAGUGGAAAAAUGAAACACAAGCAAAGAAUUAGUGAAAUAUGUCUAAACAAUUAGCUGCUGUUGAUGGGCACAGAAUAUUGUUUCUUUUGAGCACUGAAAAACUAACACUUGACGAUUCAGGAAAGUUUGUUUGGAAAGGUAAUAAUGGAUAGUUUUUAGCAAAUAUUUCAUUGAAAAGCGAAUGCGAAACAUC